AGGUAACAAACUUUUUGACACAUGUGGAAUUUAUAAGAAAAGCAAAGAAAUAAACAUAAAGAAAUGACAAGUAAGACGAAGCCUUUGAUACAGAAGCUGUUAUAUUUAGCUCUAUGUACCUUGUUACUAUUUCCAAUUCACGUUCUUGUCAGACAACUGUUUGAUAGAUCCACGGUAACAUAUUUACCAGUACCUUUCUACAGGAGAGAAAUGUCAGCAACAUAUGUUGAUAGAGUAACUAAUAAAAAGAAAGGGUCAAUAUGUCCUAUUUUACAAGGUGGACUCGGAAAUAGAUUGUUUCAAUUUUCUACUUCGUUUGCUGCUGCAAGAACUAAACAAAUGGAGCUUAUCGUACCUCCCGAUGCUGAAAUCCGAAAAGUGUUUGCAAUUAAUGUGACAUCCGAUAAACCAAAGGGAUUAUGUAAGGGGUUUCGGAAAGUUUUAGAUAAAGCAUCUCCGACAUACAACAAAACUUUACUUAAUUUUAGUUCGGAAGAUAACAUUCAGCUAGGAUAUGGACUUCAGUCGUGGAAAUAUUUUCACAUGUAUGAUACGGAUCUCCGAAGGCAAUUAACAUUUCAAAAGCAUAUUCAAAAUACUGCAGAAGAGACAAUUAGGAAGAUAUUAGAAACACGAAAAAUUCAGUCUCGACAGAGUAUUACUUUGGUAGGUGUUCAUAUAAGGAGAGGUGACAAGGUAAAAAACAAUGAUGGAUUUAACAUCGCUACACCUGAGUUUUUAAACAGAUCUGUGAACUAUUAUGCUAAAAUGUAUGCAACUGUUUUAUUUCUAGUUAUAUCAGAUGGUAUGGAUUGGUCUAAAAAAAAUAUGCCCACUCAUGUUCCUGUAGAAUUUAUAUCCUUAGGCAAACGAGAGUUUGAUAUGGCAACUGUCGUUGCUUGUGACCAUACAAUCAUGACAAUAGGAACUUUUGGCUGGUGGAUUGGUUAUUUGACUGGUGGUAAAGUGGUUUACGUUAAAGAUGCUGCAAAAAAGGGUUCACGAUUUGAACGCAUACUUAAUUUUGAAGACCAUUUCUAUCCACAAUGGGUAGGACUUUAAGCAAUUGAAUUUUGACAAA